CCCCCUCCCCCUCUCUCUCUCUAUAUGAACGUUUAAACCACUUUUAGAGAGAGAAGCUCAAAGCAAAGCUCCUCUCUCUUUCUCUCUCGUAACUCUCUUAAAAAAGAAAAAAAAAUUCUCCAAGAUUAUUUUUUUAAGAGAUAGAAAGAAAACCCAGCAUUUCCCAUUCUUUCUUAAUUCAAGUUUCUCAAUGUUUUUGUCAAAACAGAGAUCGAAGUACGGAACAAGAAAAUAAAAGAAUGGAAUUUGUUGGUAAAUCAGUCAAGAAGAAAUUUAAAGGGUUUGGUGUUUUCAAAGGAACAGUCAAAUCCUACGACCCGUCGUCUGGUUUCUUCGAGGUCAAGUACGAGGACGGCGAUUUCGAGAAGCUUGGUUUCUCUGAUGUUGCUUCUUUGGUAGGAGAGGAUAAAGAAGCGGCCGUUGCUGCUGCUGCUGCUGCUGUUGUCGGGCCUGUUGACCCUAAGCCUCGUUUGGGCCGGAAGCCCAAGAAGCGUCGCCGUGCUGACCCUAAGAAGCCCGAGAGCGGAGGAGAGUCAGGUAAUUCUAGGGUUGUUGAGGCUAAUGGGAAUUUGGAUAUGAAUAGAAAUGUUGAUCUGAAUGGUGGGUUUAGUGGGGAUUUGAGGGAAAAUGUUGAUAUUAAUGUCGAUUUGAAUGAAACCCUAGAAAAAGGAAGUGGGAUUGUGGAGAAUUUGACAGAGGGGGUUUUUGAUUUGAAUGCUGGGUUUAAUUUUGAUUUAAACGAGGAGGGAGAGGAGGGUAAUCAUAAUAAUAAUAAUAAUAAUAACCAUAUUCAUAUUCAUAAUCAUAAUCAUAGUAAUCAUAGUAAUUUAAGUGUUGAUUUUGAAGGGAAGAAGAGGGAGUGCAUCGACUUGAAUUUGGAUGUGAGUGGUGAUGUGGAUGAGAAUAUUAAGGAGUUUGAUUUGGAGUGUCAAGCUGCGGAGACCCAAAAGAGGGAAUGUGGGUUUGAUUUGAAUUUAGGGAUUGAUGAGGAAAUUAAGGAUGGGAUGGAUGAUGGUUUUGAAGGGCAAGUGGAAGAGGCUCCAAAUUUUGAGAUUCCAAGGAUGGGGGAAGUUGAGAAAAGUCAUAUUGAAAGUGCAAUUCCUAAUGGGAAGUUGGAAGAAGUUCAUGUUAUUAAUGAUUCGUGUGUAGAGUUGGGUGGAAGGAUUGAGGAGUUGAAUAUGGUUUCUGGUGAAGAUUUUAGGGCUUGUGAUUCUGUUGGAGUGAUGGAUGUUAAGGAUGUCAAGGAGGAUUGUCCUGAGGUGAUUGAUUUAACAAAUGGUUAUAAAGAGGAGAGUGUGAGUCAGAGGAGGGGGAGGAGCAGAAGAAAGUUUGCAGAUAAUUUGAAUUCUAUUCCAGAUGUGACUGUUCUCUUGGAUACUAAUGCUGUUAGGGAUGAAUGUUUGGUGGAGAGUGGUAGUAGGAGGCGCGGGAGGAGGAGGAAGCUUGCAGAUAAUUUGAAUUCUACCCUAGAAACAAUAGUUCUCUCAGAUGCUAAUGCAGGUGGGGAAGUUUGUACAAUGGGAGUUGAUGGGAACUUAGGUGAUGUUGGAAGUUCAUGUAAAGAGGUCAGUGGUAGUGCUAGAAAGAGGAAAAAACCUUUGGGUAAUGGGAAUUCUACGCAAGAAACAACCGUUUUGAGAAGAAGUGCUCGUAGAGGGUCAACUAAAAACGACAUGUCAAAUGAUAUAUCAAUGUCUCCUGUAGUUAGUGCAUUAAUGGAUGAAAAACCUGUUAAAUCACAUCAUGAAUGGCCUGAAGAGCCUGUGGUUCUUCCUCCUAAGUUGCAACUACCUCCUUCUUCGCAGAGUUUAGAUUUGAGUGGCAUUCCUGUACUUGACCUAUUCUCAGUUUAUGCCUGUUUAAGAUCAUUUAGCACUUUGUUGUUUUUAAGUCCAUUUGGGUUGGAGGAAUUUGUGGCCGCUGUGAAGGGUAACUCUCCAAGUUCACUAUUUGACUGUAUUCAUGUUUCAAUUCUGCAAACUCUAAGAAAGCAUUUGGAGAACCUUUCAAAUGAAGGUUCUGAAUCUGCUUCUAAUUGCCUGAGGAGCCUUGAUUGGGGUUUGUUGGACUUGGUUACGUGGCCUGUUUUCAUGGUUGAGUACCUCUUGAUCCAUGGUUCAGGGUUGAAACCUGGAUUUGAUCUUAGUAGAUUGAAGCUUUUCAGAAGUGACUACCACAAACAACCUGUAUCUGUGAAGGUGGAGAUAUUAAAGUGUCUUUGUGAUGACAUGAUUGAGGCGGAAACCAUCAGGUCGGAGCUUAAUAGGAGAUCUUCAGGAACUGACCCUGACAUGGACUUUGAUCGAAAUGUGAAUCUUGGGGGUUACAAGAAAAGGAAGACUGCGAUGGAUGUCUCAGGUAACUCAUGCCUAACGGAGGACGCUGCUGAUGACACUAAUGACUGGAAUAGUGAUGAGUGCUGCCUUUGUAAGAUGGAUGGAAAUUUAAUAUGCUGUGAUGGUUGUCCCGCCGCAUAUCAUGCAAAGUGUGUGGGUGUUGCCAAUAACUAUUUGCCUGAGGGUGACUGGUAUUGUCCCGAGUGUGCGAUUGACUGGCAGAAACCUUGGAUGAAACCUCGAAAGUUGCUUCGAGGAGCAGAACUAUUGGGAGUUGAUCCUUACAACCGGCUAUAUUUUAGCAGCUGUGGUUACUUGUUGGUGUCAGAUUCGUGUGACACUGAAUGCUCAUUCAAUUACUACCAAAGGGACCAUCUUAGUCUUGUUAUCGAAGUGCUAAAGUCUUCAGAGAUGAUUUAUGGUGGCAUUUUGGAGGCUAUCCACAAGCACUGGGACAUGCAUUUAUAUGGAGCAAGUAGCAGUUUGAGUUCCCUAAAGCAUACAACAAGCUUAGACAUGUUCAUACCCCCAUGUCCCUCAGCAUCUUUAGAUACAUGUGCAACUAAAAUCAAGGCUGCUGAUGGACAAAACCUUGGAAAGUUUGUUAAUGGAUGCUGUGGUCAUCUUGAUGUUGAGUUUUCAAAGUCUGCGAGCCUGACAUGUAUGAGUUCUGAAGGAUCAGCUGAAACCAUCCAAAUUAGUUCGGGGAACCAGAAUUUUCAGAAAGAAGGGCCUGACUGCUCUAACAGAUUUGCUGGCUUCCCAAAUGAAUCCGAUGUUCCAGGAAAGUCCCCUCUCAUGGGAGACAAUUCUAUGACUUCCAACAGUUUGGAUAUUAAACGAGAAAAGAAUCCAUGUCCUCCUCCUACCAGAUGUCCUUCAUCUGCUGGAAAUGCAAAAGCUGAGGUCACAUUACAGGUGCAGCCUGGAACUGAGUACAUGAACUAUUACUGUUUUGGCCAUACAUCUGCUUCAAUUGCAGAUGUGUUAUUGUCUAAACCAUCAGAGAAGACCACUGAAAACUCCAUAAAAUCAGAUGAGGAAAUGGCUUUAGCUCAGAUGAAGGUCAUUUUGAAGAAAUCCAACAAGUUCCGUUGGUCAAGCAUUCCCUGUCUAAAUGCUGAAGUCCAGAAAGGAAAAUGUGGAUGGUGCUUCUCUUGCAGAGCGACCACUGAUGAGCCAGAUUGCUUGUUUAAUAAGAGUUUGGGUCCUAUUCAGGAAGGUACUGAAAGUGAGGCGAUUGGUCUUCAAUCAAAAAGAAUCAGGAAAGGCUAUCUAAUAGAUUUAAUAUAUCAUAUUCUCUUGAUUGAACAUCGACUUCAGGGGCUGCUACUGGGUCCAUGGCUGAAUCCGCAUUAUACCAAGCUUUGGCGUAAAAGCAUUCUUAAGGCAUCUGAUAUUGCGUCUGUUAAACAUUUUCUGCUAAAAUUAGAGGCAAAUGUGCGGCGUCUUGCACUUUCAGCAGACUGGGUGAAAUACGUGGACUCUGGUGUCACAAUGGGAUCUUCUUCUCAUGUUGUGACUACUUCUUCACGUGCAUCUUCAAAGAAUGGGAUUGGCAGGAAAAGGGCUAGGUCCACAGAAUUUGAGUCAAAACCCUGUGCAAAUUCUGCCAGUGGAUUGAGUAUGUUUUGGUGGAGGGGUGGUAGGCUUUCUCGUCGGCUGUUCAGUUGGAAGGUUUUACCUUGCUCCUUGAUUUCCAAGGCUGCCAGACAAGCUGGUUGUAUGAAGAUACCAGGCAUAUUAUAUCCUGAGAAUUCAGAUUUUGCAAAGAGAAGCAAACAUGUUGCCUGGCAAGCUGCUGUUGGGUCAUCAACGACUGCAGAACAGCUUGCUUUGCAGGUUAGAGAGUUUGAUUCGAAUAUUAGGUGGGAUGAAAUUGAGAACACUCAUCCUUUGUCUAUGUUGGACAAGGAACUUAGAAAAUCAUUCAGGCUGUUCAAGAAGGUAAUUAUCCGCAGGAAGUGUGUAGAAGAAGAAGGGGCUAAGUAUCUUCUUGAUUUUGGCAAGAGGAGAUGUAUUCCUGAAGUUGUUUCAAAAAAUGGGUUUAUGAUUGAAGAAUCUUCCAGUGAAAGGAAGAAGUAUUGGCUAAACGAAUCUUAUGUCCCCUUGCAUCUCUUGAAAAGUUUUGAAGAGAAAAAAAUUGCUCGCAGAUCUAGUAAGAUAAGUUCUGGGAAACUCUCUGAUGCUUGUGCAGCAGUGAAUAAGCCCUUGAAGAAAAGAGGGUUUUCUUAUCUGUUUGCAAGAGCAGAAAGAUCGGAGUACCAUCAGUGUGGGCAUUGUAAGAAAGAUGUUCUAAUCAGGGAGGCUGUGUGCUGUCAGCUUUGCAAGGGAUCUUUCCACAAAAGGCACGCGAGGAAGUCUGCUGGUGCCAUCAUGGCCAAAUGUACAUAUACAUGCCACCGGUGCCACUAUGGAAAGAAUGUGAAGAAGACAAAUGCAAAAACAGUGAAUAUUGACAAUAAAAGAGGAAAAAAUAGCAAGAUCACAAAAGUUCAGGAGCGAAAAUUAAAAAAGGCCACUGUAGACAGAAAUUCGGUGCGACUGAAGAACAGUAAAAAAGCCUUAAAGGGUUCUCGACCAAUACUAUCAAGAAACAAUAAGAAGGUUACAGUUGUGCCACUACGUCGUUCGGCUAGGAAAGCUAAACAGAAAGCAUUGCAGAACAAGAAGGCUCUAGGAUGCAAGAGAGGAAGACCAGCCAAAUCCAAAAAGGGGGCAAAUAAGAAACCAAAGAAGGGUACUUCGUUGCAUAGGAAGAGAACAGAUACUUAUUAUAGUUACUGGCUUAAUGGUCUUCUGUUGUCUAGAAAGCCAGAUGAUGAACGAGUGGCACAUUUUAGGGAGAAAAGGUAUAUUGCCCAAUCAGAUAGUGUUAUUGAUGAUCAACCCAAAUGCCAUCUUUGCUGUGAAGCAGGAUCUACAUCCAUUUCGAGUUAUAUUUCUUGUGAGAUGUGUGGAGAGUGGUUUCAUGGAGAUGCUUUUGGACUUGAUGCGGAGAACAUAAAUAAACUUAUUGGUUUUAGGUGCCAUAUGUGCCUUGAGAAGACUCCUCCUAUCUGCCCGCAUGCAGCAGCCACAAGCCAUGAGUUUGAAAUAGGUGAGGUACAAAAUGAUGUUGAGAUUGAUUUCCCCAAGGAAGGGACGGAUAGUAUCCUACAUCUAGAGGAGGAUCAUUCAGGUAUACUUCCUGUUGACGAGUCUGUUCAUGUGGAGGGGCAAUUAGGUACUGGUCUGGAUUCGAAUCAGAGUUUUGCGUCCAAGUCUAAGUUGGGAGCUGAAAAUGGGCAUGCACUUGAUAAUGUGAUGGAGAAUUCUGACGCAAUUCAAACUUCUAAUGAGAAUUUGAAACCAGAUUUAAUAACAUCAUCUAAUGAAAAUCAUAUGGUCAAAUAGAACACGAUUAAAUCAGGAGAUGAUGCUAAUGUAACUUCUCAUGAUGCGGCACUGCUCUCUUCCUACAAGGUUGAUGUGGAUUUGAUAGAAACUGAGUUGGCUUCAUUAGGACCGGAUGGUGCAAAGGAUAGCUUAACAACGCCCACCCUGAAUCACCCAUUGAUAGAUCCUUUUUAGACUCCAUCAAGAUGCAACCACAAUCAUUCAUGGCAUCAACUGAAUUGUAAGAUGACAGCGAAACAAGUGUAGAUUAGAUCCACAGUCAAUCAUUUAACUGGUGAGACAGUAACAGUAGAGGCUAGAAUUAUUUCAGGUUCAGAGUUACUUGUAAAUCUUCUAAUGUUGAAAUUCAUGGAAGAAGAUUAUAAAAUACAACCAGAAGAUUCUUUGAAACUAAAAAUAAGGAGUUUAUUUGAGGAGGUAGUUUCUCUAACAGCAUUCAAUCUGUAUGAAGAUUGCCCCAUGUCAGGAUGGAAUUCAAUCAGUUUGUGCUUGGGAAGCGUAGGAGCAUCUUUUUACCAGGUCUGAUGGCAUUUCUCUUUUUUAAUGAAGAUUUUUUCCUGUCCCAAUAGCUAGCAAGUAAGAUUAGGUUAAUCAGGAGGGCUUGAGACUUGGAAUUGCUAGCAACGGGUUUUGUGGGGGCUCUAUAACCUAGUGAGUUGUGGUAGCAGUUCAGUAUUUGGAUUUUUAACCUCUUCCUUUUUUGUCAGAUUGAUUUUCUAUUGAAAAGUAGUUGUUAACCAUUGAAACUUGUGUAAAUAUCACAUCAGUAUAGUCAAAUGGAAUUCAUGUGUGCAUAUUUGUUUCGAUCA